UGACAUAACACACAUACAUACCCCCCUUUACUUUAUUUUGUUACAUCUCUUGCCUUUAAUUAGUUUUCUCCCCCUUCCCUUCCCUUCAUUGCGCCGGUAUACUACUGCUCCUAUUACUUUCUUUCCAAUUCUUUAAAUAUUUAUAGUAAUUUACUUUGUUUACAAAAUCUAUGCAAUUUGUUUCAUUAUAAUAAUGAGUCUAUAUAUGUCAAUCCUAUAUUCCCAUUAAAUAAUAAAUAAAUAUAAAGAGCGGGGUUCCAAAAAGCUUGUUCUCCAUUCCCUCCAGGCUUUUCAUCAAUCAAACUCUCUGCUUACAAACAUCCAUCUGAAUUCUUUUGAGGUUUGACUCAAAUCAAUUAUCGGUUUAGUAUCACUCCCUCUUCUCUCUUCUAUUACCAAAAACUCCAACGAUCUCUCUCUCCCAAAAUAAACAAACAUUCCUUCUUGUUGCACUAGCUAUUCUUUCAUCUUCUCUUCUCCAUCACUACUUAAUAAUGGUAAUAGUACAACGUCGUAGGAGACCUCUUCUGUUGUGCCUGAUCUUGGUUCUAUGCAUAUUGGGACAUUGUCAUGGAUCAAGAACAACAAAUUUAUUCAAAUUGAAGCCAAAGUCUGAGGAGAUAAGAGGUCACUUUUUUGGGUUCUUGCCAAGAAGGAUGCCAUUUCCUUACUCAUCUCCUUCAAGGAAACACAACGAUAUUGGUUUGCAAAGUUAUUCUUCAACAUCACCCUAAUUAUAAAUUUAUGGUCUCUCUUUUAUUUUUUAUUUUAUUUUUUUUUAAUGACUAAUGUACAUGUUACAUGGACAUGCCAUGCCUAUAGGUUAGUUUAAUUUGUCCGUCUAUAUUUCGAUUAUUGUAAUGUAAGAACUAAGAAGAUACUUAGAUUAGACUCGUUGGUUUUUUAGUCAUGAUGACAAUAGUGUUAUUUAAGGUUGUUUAAGAGGCAAAGGAUGUGAUUGGAGCUAAUAGAUUUAUGUUUCGUCUUUUUGGUUUAAUUUAAAAGUUAAUCUCUAAUUUUGUGUUCAUGUGUUUGAUUGUCAUUUCCAUGUACGUGUAUGUAUUAAUAAUACGGCAUGCAUUUUAUUUAAUGAUUCUGAUUAUACGGAGUUAAUCUUGUUAUUUUUCUUUCGCUAAUUGAUUACCCUGACCUGAGGAAUUAAAUUACCUGAAAUGUACUGAACCUGUGAAAUCUGAGAUUCUGAAUGCAGAGCAAUCUGAUCGGAUCCCACUGAAUCAGGGUAAAGCUGAUCUCACACCAUUAUCUGCCCCGGGUUGCGUGUAUUCCUUCCUUCCUUUCUUUUUUUUCUUUCUUUUUUUUUCUUCUUGAUUUAAUUUCCUCCGUAUAGUCAUUAUUAGUUUAUAAAUUUGUAACCAACGCAGAGUUGAUCUCGAAUAAUAUUGCGAUCACCAAUGAUUUCGACUAGCAAUCAAUUUUCAGAAA